AUGGCUCCUUCUCACAGCGAUUUGAAACAGCUUGCCACAGCUGUGGACGACUUCAUAUCCUUCGGCUUUGCCCUCAUACGCGAUAUCCACGGCUUAAAAGGUGCCGAAGGUACCAGCUCAACGCAAAAUACGUGGCUAGAGGAUUCCAGGUCUUACUACAAGCGUUUAGGAACCAGGGGCCCAGCAAAGGCCGGUCACGAACCUAACGCCACAGAGGUCAAGCUUCAGCAGCAAGCCAACGCAUGUCAAGAGCUAGCCGAUAGUCUAAUUAACCUGCUUGAGGGGACUUCAAGUGUCCCAGAACUAGAAAAGAUCAUAGAUCUUCUUCGCAAAGCUCUUCCAGAGAUUGAAGACGAGAUGUUUGAGAUAUUGGAGGCUUUAAAUGACGGAUCCAAGGAGUUGGGGCUCUCCUUGGAAGCAUCAAGUCUUCAUGAUAAAGUCAAGACAUCUGGAUUUGGUCAAGCGAUGCGAAAGCCUCAAGAAGCUCCGCCACCAAUGCCCCUGCUUCAACCCUCCGACAAAUCCACAUUUGGCUCAUCUUCAAUAGAGCAAAUUAAGAAUUCAAGAUCUACCAGGCCGACAUCCCAGUUCUCAGCAGUGGACAUGUUUACGUCUUCGAAGCCGAAGAAAGCAAUAUCUCCUCCCACUCUUUUGUCAGAGCAUGACCAGGUUCUGGCGACUCUAAAGAACAAGGAUCGAGCCCAUCUGGUGCAUGAGUACUUGCUCGAGUCUCUCUCAUAUUCCUCCAUGAAGGAUAGAGAAGAGGACGUGGAGCAGGCACACGCACAUACCUUUUCCUGGAUAUUUGAACCUUCGACACGCUCAUCCCCAUCCUUAACUGAUAAAGAUGAACAGCCCAUGCAUGAGUCCAACGAUUUCCUUUCCUGGCUCUCGACAGACAAGCUAGGGGGCGCAUACUGGGUCAGCGGAAAGCCUGGAAGCGGAAAGAGCACGUUUAUGCGUUAUUUGUACUCGCACCCCGCCACCUUGGACCACCUAAAGACUUGGGCUGGUGGAACCCCACUGACGAUUGCGAGUUUCUUCUUUUGGACGAGUGGGAGCUACGACCAACGAUCGCAGGCGGGACUAAUACGGUACUUGCUGUAUCAAAUCUUGGAACAGCAUCCAGAGCUUACCGCGUGGACUUUCCCCAAAUGGUGGCUUAGGAGCCAGGACGCCAAAGCCAGAGUGAAGACACCGAUUAAGUGGACAGUAGAUGAUUUGAUGAAUGGGCUCAGUGUAUGUGUGGAACGAGUGGUAAAGACUACGAAAUUGUGUCUAUUUGUCGAUGGCCUCGAUGAAUUCGAUGGCCAACCUGAAGAGGUGGUAAAGCUUUUCAAAGAGCUUGUAGUAGAUUUCAGGGGGAGGAUAAAGGUGUGUCUGAGUAGUAGGCCGUGGGGGGUAUUCGAAGAUGCAUUCCGGGGGAUUCCACAGUUCCGCCUGCACGAUUUGACGAGUGCCGGAAUGCAUCGGUAUGUGAGCGAUAAGCUCAAUGGGCAGCUUCGCAUCCGUCAGAGCAUGCAACAAGACCCCAAGACGGGGCGAGAGCUGCAAACUGAGAUAGUAAGAAGAGCCGACGGGGUGUUUCUGUGGACUACAUUGGCAGUGCGAAGGCUUAUCGAAAGCGAAGAUGCUAGCGUGGACGGGCUGAAGGCUUGCUUGGACACGCUACCAACCGAUUUAGAUGAUCUCUUCCACUUCCUUCUCUUUCAGUCGCGGUCAUCCAAAGAGCUAGAGGAGCAAUCGCGCAUAUUCAAUAUCAUAUGCGCGAAAGAGGCCGUAUGCGAUUUCACGAGAGACGAGAGCGCACGUUCGAUGACGGCGUACCAACUCCGCCUCGCGUUCUGGGGGAACGAUACAUCUUUACAAGGAACAAUCCGGCAGGUUACCGAGAUCGACGCCAUGGAAUCAUACGAAGCCUGCAAAUCCCAGCUUAGCUCUCUAUGCGCAGAUCUGCUCGUACUCCACAGCCGCGAUCCCAUCAAGGCGCGAUACUCUCGAUUGAGCUCCAGCAGAUCCACCGAUAGGGAUCCACGAAUUCUUGCGGAGAGCAGGAUCGCGUACUUGCAUCGCACAGUGCGGGACUUCUUGCUGAUACCUGAGGUGUGGGAAGGUAUCCGGGCACGCUCGGAAAAGGACUUUGAUUCACACAUAGACCUACUACGCUCUCACGCCCUCCAGCUCCGAGUGCCCCUCGAAGAGCCCAGUAAGCACCGGCGGCUUGACGACUGGUGGCCCGACAUCGUACUUGCUCUGACGCAUGCGCGCUUCUCGCAUCCAAGACACUGCACCACACAGAUCAGAUUACUAGAUGAGCUGAACACCACGCUAAACUGGUACUGGGCCACAAAAGAAUCUGAUCCGCUCGACAAUUGGGCACGCAACGCAUUCGGAUCAUACGAGGAGAGAAUGAAGCGGAAGACGCCCUAUCACUAUCCUUUUCUCUCACUGUGCGCAAAAUUCGGGUUGGACAGCUAUCUGAACGCAAAGCUAAGUACAGGCAAAUAUGGGUAUCAGGGCGGCAUUCCACUGUUGAGCCACGCAAUUGAAUUUCUGUUCAAUCGGCGGAAGACGGUAUACCCACUUACGGACCCGAUCGUAAUUGAGUCGCUCCUAGCCAACGGGGAGGACCCGAAUCAGCUGUAUCAGGACCUGUCUGGGAAGAAAAAGACGCCUUGGUUGUUGGCGUUGCAGUAUUCGCGAGAGGCGGACCGCAGGAAAUGGAUCAAGAUGCACGACACAGACGAAACUGGUACGAAAAGAUGGGUCAAGGUUUUGAUCAUGUUCAUCGAGCAUGGUGCUGAUCCGAAUGCACUCCUAAUAGCAGAUGGGAUGGAUCCUGCAGCUACAGCACUUGACGUUGCGACGAUACUACAAGAGAAAUAUCAGACAGAAGGUCUCUCAGAUCUGCACCGGCUUCUUCUAGCGCGGGGCGCUGAGCUAGAGGACAAUUAA